UUUCAUGAAAAAUGGCGCUUGGAAGAAGGCGUCAUUCAAGUUUUCCGUAAUUUUCCUGAAUUGUGCGGAAACCUGCAAGCAUAUAUGGAAAUGAGUGCAUUGAACGGUGCAAUGUCAAAAUGAACCGAGCAAACAGCAAUACACAAAACAACCGAAUUCCCCAAAUGAGCACCAACAACCAGUUCUCGAAGCCAGUAAUAUCUGCACCAAAUGCAGCUCCAGUGCAAAGACAAUCUUCUCGCGACCAGUCAGCAUUAUUACAAAAUCAGUCCUUGAAAAUAGGUCAAGGUCAGGGUCAUUUGCAUAAUGAAGGUCAAGGUGAAGGUCAAUCAAAGAACAGUCAUCAGAAUCAGGCACAGUCACAAAUGAGUCCCCCACAGUCAACAAAUGAGUCAGAGGCAGAGCUGCCUAUGGAGUUACUCCAAGCUGGCUGGAGGAGGUUCUGGAGUAAGAGAGAAGGAAGACCAUACUAUUUCAACAAGCUGACGAACCAGUCUUUGUGGGAUUUACAACAGCUCUUAGACACACAGUUGGAUCCCCUAUCAGACCCACUUGGCAUCGCCACACCAUCGCCCCCUCCCAUGUCCCCCAGUGACAUCCGCAUGACGCGGCUAAGUGUGGACAUCCCCUCGCCACAAGUAGGGAACAAGAGGCGGAGUAGUGGCGAGGCGCUGGCGAGUCCUGUGAAGAGGCCAAUGCAGCAGCCAGUCCCCAUUAUAAGCCCGACGUGGAACUUUGAAAUCCCCACCAACGUGGUGAUAUAUGAGAGAGCGAUGAGUCACAUCCUCCCUCCGCAUCCUGAGGUGGAAGUUCUACGGGCACAGUUAAUAUUAAAGCUACGGCAGCAGUAUCAGGAGAUGUGUCACUCUAGAGAAGGCAUCGACUCUCCUCUAGAAUCAUUCAACCGGUGGCUGUUGGAGAGAAAGGUCAUUGACAAAGGCAACGACUGCAUGUUUCCUAGCAACUGUAGCCCAGAAAUCUCCCAGUCCAUGUACAGAGAAAUAGUCAAUGAUAUCCCUAUCAAACUGGUCAAACCUAAAUAUUCAGCUGACGCAAGGAGGCAACUGUCCAAGUAUGCUGAGGCUGCAAAAAAGAUGGUAGAAACUAGAAAUGCCUCCCCAGAGAGUCGUAAGCUAGUCAAGUGGCACGCAGAAGAUACAUUCCAGUGGCUGAGGAAGCAGCCCAAUGCUACCUAUGAUGAUUACUUAGAACGUCUGGCUCACCUAAAGCGCCAGUGUCAGCCGUACCUGAUAGAAGCUGCCAAAGGCUCUGUAGAGGGCAUCUGUAGUAAAAUCUAUGCUCUCUCCUGUGAAUAUGCCAAAAAAGUUAAUGAGAAAAGCUGGCAGAUUUUACAGGAGCAUGGAGUUAAAGACCCUGAUCUUCCGGAGCCCCCGCGGAGGAAGGUGAUGUGUUACCCCGUGUUGCUAGGUGUCCCCUGUCCCAGAAUGCCCACGGUAGAGCAUCACAUCGAGGGCGAGACAACCUAUGUCAGGUUCAAAGGUGAAACAAUGAAGAUUAAUACGUCACAUUUUCAAAAACUGGAACAGUUAUAUAGGUGGAACUGUAAAGACGACCCAAGGUUCGACAAAUUUCUAGCAAGAGUUUGGUGCUUACUAAGGCGAUAUCAGACCUACUUUGGGCCGCAGCAGAACGAAGGUUUUCUCCUUCAGGGCGCACUACCUGUCCCAGUGUUUGAAUGUCUUCAUCGUCUGUUCGGGGUGACAUUUGAGUGCUUUGCUUCUCCAUUAAACUGCUUCUACAAGCAAUACUGCUCAGCGUUUGCAGACAUAGACUCUUAUUUUGGAUCCCGGGGGCCCAUCCUGGACUUCCAUCCAGUCAGUGGCUCUUUUGAAGCGAAUCCUCCAUUUUGUGAAGAGCUGAUGGAAGCCAUGGUGGACCACUUCGAGAGUCUGCUGGCAGAGUCCAGUGAGCCGCUGUCUUUCAUUGUGUUCAUACCUGAGUGGAGAGAUCCACCCACAGAGGCCCUGGUCAGGCUGGAGAAUAGCGUGUUCAAACGUGGUCAGGUAACCAUCCCGCCAUUUGAGCAUGAAUACCGGCACGGCUUCCAGCAUAUAUGUCCUAAGACUGAGCUUAACGUCAAGUCCAGCCAUGGCACCUUGGUGAUAUUUCUCCAAAACGAAGCAGGGUUUGUAAAGUGGGCACCCACCACGGAGAGAGUAAAUGAACUCCUGCUGGCGUACAGGCCAAAGGACAAGCUAAACUAGUGAAAUCUGUCCAAGAGUCGACUGAAAUGACUGAAUCACUGCUAUCACACUGACCAAAAGAAAAAGAAACGGCUGAGAUGAUCCAUGAUAUCCAGGUUGUUAAAAGGUGAAGGUCAUUGAUGCAGUGGUACCACUGGGACAGGGUACAACAACACAGGGAAAGGUAGACUCAGCUACAGAAAUUCUGAGACAAUAAAAGAAGCUGAUCAAGCUAUGCGUGAUGAUAAGAGUGGAUUAUAGCGCCCAUGAAAGUGAGUGAAUUGGUAGCUUUUUAUUGCACAGCUGAAAACUGGUGUUAAUGUCUGAAUAGCAGGUGACAUAGCACAUGACAUCUUGUUAGCACAGCAGAGAAAGAAUUCCUGGAGUGGCUUCUUAAGUAUUAAUUAACUGAGAAAUGAAGCUUGAACAGCAGAAGACAAAAGAAAAAGAUGAAUAUAACUAACAUGACUGAAAAUGGAGAAAUAAGAAAGGCUACAAUAGAAGAGAAAAUGGCUUACUUUUUUCUAAGCUGUGCCCAUGUUUUAAGCUGUGUGUGCCUGUAGAUAGCUGGGGUUUGUUAAGUUUUACCUCUCACCCAUGAGACUUGAUUACAAGAGUUUCAAGAAUUAACAAGAGCAGUUGGUAUUCUGCUUAAAUAUUAAUACUAGAGAAAUAACAAGCUCAAAAACAUUCUCACCUCAUUUCUCUGUGGCAACUCCUCUGUGUCUGAUUCCAGUAAGAAUGGAGAAUUAAUGAAGUCAAGGCAGAAGAUCUGUAGGUACACUAAUGAGAAAACUACUUUUCUGCCUAUGUCUGCAUAUGUGUCAGCUUUGCUGUCUAGUUUCUAGUCUCAUUCAGUGCAUGAAACAAGGGAAUGUUCAUAUAUUCAAGGAUUUCUUUAUUUUUCAAAGAAUUUUUCUAAAUCAUGAUUAAGGCUUCUCAAGAUGAAAAAAAAGCAUACAUCCCUAUGGUUGAGAAUUGGUGACUUUAUAGAGAAUAGUUGUUCAGGUUAUUUUAGAGUCGUUUAUGAAACAAAAGAACAUUAAAGGUAUCCAUUUAUAAACAGUUGGUUUGAUAUUCCACUUAAGCUGAAAAAAAUAGAAAUUUGAAUUGUAAACUUGAGUCAGUGUAUACACAUUUACUGACAUUGCAUUCUCCCCCAUACUUAUCAUUCAAGUAUUAACUUUGGUCUUCAGGUGUUGGAUUAUUUUUGCUAUUGAUGAAUGAUGAGUUGAUAUCAAGCCCCUAUUCACACUGCAGUAUACUCUCUAUUUUCACAUCAGUUUGAGAGGCUAACAACUUUAUAGCCAGACUGUUAUGUAAGAAAGACAUCUAAAGAGAGGCUUUGCACUAGUUGCGUCCAGAUAAGCAGCUUCAUAAUUAAGAUUGGUCUUAACGUUUGGAAGAGAAUUUAGAAAAGGCAAAAAAAAAAAAAAAAAACAGUAGUGUUUUUACACGAAUUUGAAAGGAACAGAUCUGGGGAUCAAGUAUCGCAACAAACUAAAAAGCUUGCCACUUAAUUCCUGAUUAGACACUGAAUAGAUUCCCCGCGGGGAUUACACAUCUAGCAUUCAAGUGUGUUGGCCAUAUUUGAUCCGGGGAUCAGUUAGUCCGCUUUUCUGAAUGCGCUCUAAGCAUCCUCUGUUGUUUAGAUAGUGAGAACUCUGUAUAUUCUCAAUUUGUGUAGUUGCAGUUCAAUUAUUAUUCUUAAUUUGUACAGUAUAAAUUCAUGAGUAUUUGUUUAAUACUUGGAUUAAACUCUCUAAUAAUACUUUGUAAAAGUAAACAUAAUGAAUUCUUUAGAAAUGUUUUGUAAAAGUAAACAGCCUAUGGUUUGAAUUUUUAAACAUAAGAUUGGAAUAUGUUUAUAGAAAGCAUGAGGUUUUAUUUCUAUUUUUACUGCUUUUAACUGUUAAACCAUUCAGGUUUUAUUGCAUGGUAUUUAUGAGUCUGUUUUUAGCUAAUAGUAUGAAAUGUAUAAAGCUUGAUCAGGUAAGUGUGGUGAAUACAAGGGAUGUUUUGAUUUCUUAGUAAGAAUGUUAAGUUGAGGGAGUUUUUUUAUCCAGUUCAUUUAGGUCAGGUUUUUAUGUUGAUUUAAAGUUUUGGUGGGAGUGUAACAGAUCAGCUUGUUAAAACAACAAGACACUGCUGGACGGCUAUUUAUCUGAUUUUUAUGUACACGAAACACAUUUUCAGAAAAUCCAUAUUAAAUUUCUCUUAGCCAAAGUGAAUAAUCUGUGGCAUUUUGCAAUAAAUUGCUUUGCCAAAAUGGGCCUGAACAUUAUUUAUUAUAGCUCAUAUGAGAGGCUUUUUUUUCUUUUCAUUUUAUUGCCUUUAGCUUUCUUUUUAAUUGCCAUAAAUGUGUAUAAUUUAACAUAAAGUGUUUCUCUGUCAGGCUGAUAUUAAACUGAAGAAAAAAGAGAGUUCAUGGUUUAAAAAAAAUCAAAAUAUCUUAAUGUCUUAGCCCUUUGCAGUGAGGGGGAAAUUCUUAUUGGCAAUUACUGUACAUUGCUUAUAAAUUUGUAUUUUCGUAUAUGUUAGUCUUUUUGUAUGUAGUUUAUAGCUCGGUGAAGAAAACUCUUCUCUGUAGUAUUAUAUUGGAUAAGAUCACAUGAGCUUUGUGAACGGGUAACUAUAGCAAAAUACUAAGUAUUGAAAUGGAAUUUGCUGGAUAUGUAUGUAUACAUAACAAUAAACCCUCUAUCUUCAGGGUCAGUUUUCCAUCACAGGUGGGAGAAUUAGAAGAUGUUAUUUCAAAAUGUUGAAUUUCUUGAUCAACCCUCACAGGAAUUUUAGAAA